UGAAAAGACACCACAAAGUAUUCCGCUCUUUCUUCAGUUACUAUACUUCAAAAGUAUAGCUUAGGCUGACCUUUCGAAUUACAAGGCUAAUCAAAAUUCAUAGAGAUUUCUGCAAACUCAGCUAUCCCAUCAAGUAUUUUGCUCAAAUUCAAUGGCUUUUGCUGUGGGAAAUUAUAGAAGUCUAGCAGUGGUGGUGUUGGUUCUUUCUGCUUCUUUGCAGGUUUCUGUUGGAGCUGUUUACAAGGUUGGAGACUCUGCAGGCUGGACUACAAUUGGCAAUGUUGAUUACAAGCAAUGGGCUGCUACUAAAAACUUUCGAGUUGGUGAUGUUAUUCUUUUCGUGUACAAUCCCCAGUUUCACAAUGUGAUGCAAGUAACACAUACUGAGUAUCAGGCAUGCAAUGCCUCAUCCCCUAUUGCAACUCACACAACAGGCAAUGAUACAAUAACAAUUACUACUCAUGGUCACCACCUCUUUCUGUGUGGUGUACCUGGUCACUGCCAAUCUGGACAGAAGGUUGAUAUCAAUGUUAUCCGAACUGCACUGGCUCCUACUCCAUCAGCGACACCAUCUCCUCCUCCUGUGCCAACGCCAGCACCAGCUCCAAAUGCUGCUUCUCCGCUUUACAAUUCAAAUAGGCUCGUCAGAGACCUUGGCACAGCUAUAGUUGUUGCUAUGAAUAUACUUUGUGGUUUUAUUUGAUAAUAGCAGGAUUUUGAGCUUAGUCUACAAGCUCUUGACAUGGAGAAGCUCAUAUUUUCAAAAGAAUAUCCAUAUGAAGCCUAUAUAUCUCGUGUAUCUUGAGUCAAAUAAUUGUACCAGUCAGUUAUAGUUUUCUUCUUAUGUAAGUAUAUCUGCAGCACUUUCUUGACAUUUAGAGAAAAAGAGUCCAUCCCAGAUACCUCUGUCUUGAUGGAAAUCUUCAAGUUAGUCUGAA